AAUGUUAGGCCGAUGUGGCAGACCGUUAAAGAAGUUGCACCGAUCUUUGUCCAUCCGGUUGACAGUCAGUAGCUAAAAAUGGCAGCGUUUUCUGAAAUGGGGGUGAUGCCUGAAAUCGCGCAGGCGGUGGAGGAGAUGGACUGGCUGCUGCCUACAGAUAUUCAAGCGGAGUCCAUCCCACUUAUUCUCGGUGGAGGAGACGUACUUAUGGCAGCAGAAACUGGCAGUGGCAAAACCGGAGCCUUCAGUAUUCCAGUGAUCCAGAUCGUAUACGAAACACUGAAGGAUCAGCAGGAGGGCAAGAUGGGCCGAGCUUCUAUCAAGACUGGAGGAGCUAUUUUCAACAAGUGGCAGAUGAAUCCAUACGACCGCAGUCCAGCCUUUGCUAUUGGCCCCGAUGGACUGUGCUGCCAAAGCAGGGAGUUUAAAGAGUGGCAUGGCUGUCGCUCCACCAAAGGCGUCACAAAAGGAAAAUAUUAUUAUGAAGUCACCUGCAGCGACCAAGGUUUAUGCCGAGUGGGUUGGUCCACCACUCAGGCAGCUCUGGAUUUAGGAACGGAUAAGUACGGUUUUGGUUUUGGUGGUACUGGGAAGAAAUCCAACAACAAGCAGUUUGACAGCUAUGGAGAGGAGUUUACCAUGCAUGACACUAUUGGAUGCUACCUCGAUCUGGAGAAAAACCAAAUUUCUUACUCUAAAAAUGGCAAUGACUUGGGUUUGGCUUUUGAAAUCCCUCAAAACCUGAAAAAUCAGGCGUUCUUUGUUUCCUGCGUUCUCAAGAAUGCAGAACUGAAGUUUAAUUUUGGAGGAGAAGACUUUAAACAUCCGCCCCAAAAUGGGUUUGUUGCUCUGGACAAGGCGCCAGACGGUCACACGGUCAAAUCCUCUCACACAGGAACUGCUAAAGUGAGUCAGGUGAAAGCCUCGUCAAACUCAGCCAAAGCUCUGAUCAUUGAGCCAUCCAAAGAACUGGCAGAGCAAACCUUCAACAAUGUCAAACAGUUAAAAAAAUACGUGGACAACCCCAAACUCAGGGAGCUUCUGAUUAUUGGUGGUGUGGCUGCCAAGGAGCAGCUGGCAGUUCUAGAGCAGGGGGUUGACAUUGUGGUGGGAACACCUGGGCGGCUGGAUGAUCUCAUUUCCACCGGGAAGCUCAGUCUCUCGCAAGUCCGCUUCCUCGUCCUGGAUGAGUGUGACGGCCUCCUCUCAGCAGGCUACACAGAUUUCAUAAACAGGGUUCAUAACCAGAUUCCCCAGGUGACCUCCGAUGGCAAGAGAUUACAGGUCAUCGUGUGCUCGGCUACGCUGCACUCGUUUGAUGUGAAGAAGCUUUCGGAGCGCAUCAUGCAUUUUCCCACGUGGGUGGACCUGAAAGGGGAAGACUCAGUCCCAGAGACGGUGCACCACGUGGUGGUUCCCGUCAACCCUAAAACCGACCGGCAGUGGGAGCGUCUCGGAAAAGCCCACAUUCGGACAGAUGAAGUCCACGUCAAAGACAACACCAGGCCAGGAGCCAACACUCCAGAAAUGUGGUCCGAAGCCAUCAAGCUCCUGAAGGGCGAGUACACAGUGAGGGCCAUUAAAGAGCACAAAAUGGACCAGGCCAUAAUCUUCUGUCGCACAAAGAUCGACUGCGACAACAUGGAGCAGUACUUCAUCCAGCAAGGAGGAGGCCCAGAUAAUAAAGGUCACCAAUUUUCCUGCGUUUGUCUCCAUGGCGACCGAAAGCCUAAUGAGAGGAAGCACAACUUGGAGUGCUUUAAGAGAAAAGAAGUGAGGCUGCUGAUCUGCACUGACGUUGCUGCCAGGGGGAUUGAUAUUUCCGGAGUGCCUUACGUGAUCAAUGUGACCCUUCCAGACGAGAAGCAGAAUUAUGUCCAUCGGAUCGGCCGAGUUGGAAGAGCCGAGAGAAUGGGACUGGCCAUGUCUUUGGUUGCCAUGGAAAAAGAAAAGGUGUGGUACCAUGUUUGCCCGAACCGAGGCCGAGGUUGCUACAACACCCGACUGAAGGAAGAUGGAGGAUGCACCAUCUGGUACAAUGAAAAAGAGGUGAAUAAAGACGGGCUCUUGCAGAAUAUAAUCGAGAUUUCAUUAUUCCUUGCAAAUAUUCUUCCCCUCUCCCAGCUUCUGUCAGAAAUUGAGGAGCAUCUGAAGUGCACAAUCACCCACUGUGGGACGGACAUAAAAGUGCCAGUGGACGAGUUUGAUGGCAAAGUGACCUACGGGCAGCGCAAAGCUUUAGGGGGUGGAAACUAUAAGGGUCACGUGGAUGCCCUGGCUCCGACGGUCCAGGAGUUGGCCAACCUUGAAAGAGAAGCUCAGACUUCCUUCCUUCAUCUUGGAUACUUGCCAAACCAGCUCUUCAGAGCUUUCUAAACACACUUUAUUUCGCAGGAAAGCAUGUUAAGAAAAGGAAAUCUUCAUAGGGCACCGACAGAUUUGAGUUUUCGCUCUACUUCUUAACAAUGUGCAGUGAAAUAAAAUGAAACCAAAAAACUCCAGCAGAUGUGUAUUGGCAUAAAUCAUGCAUUAAUUAAAGAGUGUCAAAAUCACAGCAUGUUGUGAGAAAGUUCUGCACAGUGAGUCUGGAGAGGACAGACUUCUGAGUUUAUACAUUUUGAGUUGCAGGUUUGCUAUGUGGGCAUGUUGAGCUCAUUUCAUGAUUUGCAAUUAUAAGUAGAGCCAGAGUUUAUAGACUGAUUGGAGAUAUCUAGUGUGAAAAUGAACACCUAAUCUGCCUUGUUGUACUCUGGUAAUUUUUUUUUGUUUUAGUUUAUUUGAAGCUUAAAUGGUCCUUUUCCUCUUUAAAAUAAACGGAAAUAGUCGCAUCAGUU